AUGCUCCGCUUUCGUGAUCUCUUCCAAAUUCCCAACCGGCGUUCCCGCCCCCGCAGGUCUAGAAGAAGGCGCAAUGAUAGCUAUAGCACAAGCGGUGAUCAACAUGCACACGUCCCUCACGCUCAUCUUUCAGAUGAAUAUUGCAACUCCUUUUGGGGCGAAGCAGGAUAUGAAAAAAUCUUACAUCGGGUCAAAACGUCGGAUAGGGUGCUGACAGAACUGAAGAAUUGGUACAAGCAACGCGCUGCCAUCGAAGCUGACUAUUCAAAACAACUCGCCCGGCUCAGCAAAGUCAACUUAUUUCGCGCGAUUGGACUCGAAUACGGUGGCAUCAACCACAGUCUCGAGUGUAUUCGUGAAGUUACCGCCCGAUCAGCUCAUUCACAUUCAGAAUUAAGUAGAAGUUUCAAAAAGGAAUUGGAGUUAAGCGCCGCUAAGUUCAUCGCGAAGCGCGAUGGGGCUCGCAAAAAUUCAAGUACUGUGAUCUCACCCUUGAUCGAAAAACUGCAUAAAAAGCUUAUAGAAUUACAGCAGCUACAAGAAAAGGCUCGAAGCAAAUUUGAGGUGGAUUCCAUCGCGGUGAACGGGUAUGGAGCACAACUUCAUCUUGUGGAAGGAAGGGAGAAGGACCGCAUUGGGGUCAAGUUUGAUAAAGCUAGUGCGAGCAUUUCAUCGACAGAAAAACAAUAUCGUGUCCUUACCAACAACCUGGAAGAGACUUCCCAGGAAUGGACGUUGCAAUGGAAAACUUUUUGCGAUUUGAUUCAAGACCUGGAGGAAGAUCGAAUCGACUUCAUUCAAUCAUCAAUAUGUACAUAUACCGAUAGCCUUUCUGCUGUCAGCCUUUUGGAGGAUGCACAAUGUCAUCUCGUCCGAGACGCGGUCGAAAAAUGCGACACUCAAACAGAUAUCAAGAAAUUCAUUGCUCAAUCUGGUACAGGUGCAACAUUGUAUUGUGCUCCAGCAUACAUCGAUUACGCCAAAGGCGAGCAUGAAGAGACGUUGGGCAUUAGAGCCCAUUCACAACAAAAGACUGCCAAUUUCACCCGAAACUCAUCUCGAAUCACGCGCGAGCCACCCACAGAUACCUCACGCCUUGUUGAAGAAUUAGUGCAGUCUAUUGAAAAUGGGCCUGGUUUGCAACAUGCUUCAAUACAGUUUAGGGGUAGUCAAAGCAGGGUCGAAGACGGGCGCAACAUAGCUGACAUGAUCACAUCAAAUAGCAUGGCUUCAAAUAUCGGCUAUGGGAUGCGUGAAGUCCAGCCACAUUCACCCUUAUCAUAUGAGAGAGCAUAUACACACGAUCCCCGUCAUCACGAAGCUUUCACAGGACACGGCAUCUUGAUAAAUCGUUGA